AUGUCCAACGAAAAGAACGCACAGGAGCUUCUCAAAUGGGGUCUUGCCAACAGCACUACCGCUGCCGGUCCCUCGGUCGAGCAGAUCUCGGCCGACAUUGAAUCCGGUCGUCGCCCGGAUUUGGCAGACCCGCAUCUGUACGAAGCGAUCAUGGGCAAGAGCGAGGCCCAGAUGAUGGUCGAACAGCUCUCGGUCGCCGUUGACGAAUCGCGCUCCGUAGAGGACCGCUGCACGGCGCUGGACAACUUGGAGAUGCUCAUCGAGACGAUCGACAAUGCCAACAACAUGACGAGCAUGAACAUGUGGCCUAGCAUCAUUGGGCUCAUGGCAUCGUCGGAGCCGGAGGUUCAGACUGCUGCGGCGUGGAUUUUGGGUACGGCGGUGCAGAAUAACGACAAGGCGCAGGUGGCUGUACUGCCGCACGAGGCGGUGAGGGCCGUCGUGGAUCUUUUCCAGAGCGCGCAUGACAAGGUCAGGGCCAAGGCAAUGUACGCCUUGUCUGGACUGAUCAAGCACAAUCCAGCUGCCAUGGAUCAGUUCGAUAAGCUUGAUGGCUGGAAAGUUCUGCGCUCCGCUCUUGUCGAUCCGACGAUUGGCAUCCGAAGGAAGGCCGCCUUCCUACUCAACACGCUCCUCUUGCAGGAUCCAAACUCCUUCACCACCCCGGUCCCUUCCGCAGCUCCAAGUACCGCAACCGCCGUGGCACCCACAGCUUCCGCCGGUACGGUACCGCUCGAGCUCGGACCAGAGACAAUGCGCACGUCCGUACCGCAUCCCAACGUUGCACGUGCCCUCGUCGAGUCGGGCAUCCUCUCUACCCUCCUCUCCUCCCUCCUACCCCCCGGUACCCACGGCAUAGACGAUGCAGACCUCCCGCCCCCCUCCGGCUCAGAUGGCGAUCAGGACCCCCGCUCCGACCUCGACUUUGCCGAAAAGGCCGCCGCCGCCACUCUCGCUUUCGCCACAAAACUCCCCGACAUCCCAUCCAAAGCUCACCUCGACCAAAAGACAAAGUCCCUCUUCAAAGCUCUUCUUAACGAGCUCCACGGCCCCCCCUUCGACACCAGCACAGCCGCAAAGUCGCGUGCCGACGAACUCGCACUCGACUCUCAACAGCUCCACACCCUCACCGCCACCAUCAACGCCCUCUGA